AUGUCGAUUAACUUACGCGCUGCUCUCGAGCGCAACAAGGGAAACCGCCCGCUUUGGCAGGCAAUCUUGUCAACAUAUUGGCAGGCAUUGGUAUGGCAAUAUAUACUUGUAAUUGCAACUUCUGUGAUGCACUUUGCGCCUCAAGCUAUUCUCUACGGCAUUUUGAAAUCGCUUGAAGAUCACGAACCAGACCAUAAAGUCAGAUGGGAGACAUGGGCCUGGGCUUUGAGUCUAGGUGUAGUCAUUGUGCUUUCCUCUACAGCUGACAGUUGGCUUUGGUGGACGGUUUACACAAAACUGGGCAUUCCAAUCAAAGAACAGCUGGCCGCAACUAUCUUUGCUAAGUCAAUGCGUCGUAAGGAUGUCAGGACUAUAGAUAGGACAGAUGAUUCUAGUGAUGGGGAAUCCAGCGUCACUGAAGACUCAGAAGAUAGUGACGAUGAUGACGACGACGACGAUUCCUUAGGGAAAAGUCAACAGAGCAUCAUCAAUCUAGUCGCUGUUGAUGCCGAAUGUGUCUCAGAUGCGGCUCAAUAUAACCAUCUUCUACCCUCUGCUUUGCUUGAACUCACAAUUGCCUGUGUCUUUCUUGUGAGGCUACUCGGUUGGCAACCAACCUUAGCUGGUCUUUCAAUUUCAAUCAUUGUACUGCCGGUCAACAUCUACACGGCCAAAAAAUAUUCCAAAGCCCAAUCAGUGCUCAUGAAGAAUCGAGACCGGAAGGUUGCUGUUUUAAAUGAAGUCUUGCAGGGCAUUCGGCAAAUCAAAUUCUCCGCCUUGGAAGCACCAUGGCAGAAGAGGGACAUUGGCCUCUUAACAAUAUGGUUGCUCGGUCCCAUCAUGCUCUCUGCUGUUUCGCUUGCUGUCUACUCCAUCAAAAAUGGAAACCUUUCUGCCUCCGUCGCUUUCACGGCGAUAUCCAUCUUCGGGUCUCUGGAAGUGUCUUUCGCUGUAAUUCCGGAACUUGUGUCUGAUUUUAUUCAGGCUUCUGUCAGCAUGACCCGUAUUGACAGACAUCUGAUGGCUCCAGAGAAGGGGCAAGUAACAGUUCCGUUUGACCGAGUGGUCUUUGACCACGCGUCCGUUGCACGGCCUGUCGACGACGACCAGGACAUUCCAAUUGAAGAACGAUUUGUCCUUCAAAAUCUGACGUUCGAGAUACCGGAUAGAGGGCUAACAGUGGUCUCCGGGAAAACAGGCUCUGGCAAGAGCCUUCUACUAGCGGCAAUCCUAGGAGAAGCUGACAUCUUGAAUGGCGUUGUCAAAGUCCCACAACUUCCACCCAGCGAAGGACUAUACAAUGACCAAUCAUAUAAUGAGAAUUGGCUCAUUGAUUCAGCAAUCGCAUUUGUUGCUCAGAAGCCAUGGAUAGAGAAUGCUAGCAUAAGGGAUAACAUUAUCUUUGGGCUCCCAUUCGACAGUAGUCGAUAUGAUAAAGUUGUUUUUGCAUGUGCAUUGAAGAAGGACUUGGACAUGCUAACUGAUGGCGAUUUGACUGACAUCGGUACGAAUGGUAUUAAUUUGAGCGGCGGUCAGAAAUGGCGUGUUUCAUUCGCCAGAGCACUCUAUUCACGGGCGUCCAUCUUGGUGCUAGAUGAUAUCUUCAGUGCAGUAGACGCUCAUACUGGCCGUCAUCUUUAUGAGAACGCACUCAUUGGAGAACUAUGUCAGAAUCGCACCCGUAUAUUGGUAACGCAUCAUGUUGCAUUGUGCGUGCGACAUGCAGAUCUAUGUGUUCUUCUGGAAGACGGGACUGCUCGUAGCGGCACUGUGGAGGAGUUGCGGAGUGAUUCCACCUUCUUGUCUGUUUUAUCUCAAUAUGAUAAGGAUGAGGCUGCUGAGGUUUGCUGGACUGCGAAUAAGGAUAGUUAUCCCGAUUCAAGUGGCACUCGCACUACUCGAGAUAUAUCACCUACAAAAACCCCGAACAUCGCAAACGUCGAUACCACUGAGAAUGAAGAAAGAAUGCCACCCAAGAAAUUUAUGGAAGAUGAAGGCCGCGAGACAGGUUCUAUAAAAAUGGCAGUGUACGCAAAGUACUUUACGAGCGGGGAUAGCUUGAUGUUUUGGUUUUUGGGAGUUUUGAUGGCUGUUGUUUAUGUUUCACUCCUCAUUGGCAGGUCUUGGUGGGUUAGUAUCUGGACUGGCGAGAGCGAAAUUUCAGCAAGUCGUGACACUUUCAAGGCCCAUCAAAAUGCAGUACAAUCUACCAUGUUUCGCAUGGAAAGGGUUGGAGUCGAACCUUCGGUACAGAAUACAGAUCUCACGUUCUAUCUCGGGAUCUACCUAGGUCUCUCUGUCGCCGCCACGUUCCUCGGAUCCCUGAGAUACUUCUGUAUUAUGUUCACAGCUCUACGCGUAUCACGGAGCCUAUUUGAGAGAAUGAUUUUCGUCGUUCUUCGCGCACCGUUAAGAAAAAUUGACACCAUACCAGUGGGAAGAAUCCUAAAUCGGUUUACUAGCGAUUUCCACCAACUCGACUCGCAGAUUGGCUACGAUAUCAGCUUCAUAGCGAACCAUAUACCCGAAUUUUGUGGUGUUUUAAUCGCUAGUGCACUCGUCACUCCAUGGCUGUUACUUUUCGCCGCGGUUUUAUUUGUCGUAUGUCUCUACUUUUCCAACUGGUACCUCGCUGGUGGCCGGGAGAUUAAGCGUCUGGACAGCAACGCUAUGAGUCCCAUACUGGAGCAGUUCGGAACUGUUCUUGCAGGCCUUGGGACUAUCCGGGCAUUUUCUAAAUCCGACUCCUAUAUUCAUCGUAUGUAUCGUCUAAUUGAUCAACAUGCGCAGGCGACAUGGCAUCUCUGGCUCUUCCAACGUUGGCUCACAUUUCGAAUGAACCUAACGGGGGCUGUAUUCACCAUGUUUAGCGCAGUGUUGAUAGUUUCCAUGCCAGGUAUGACAGCUUCCCUUGCAGGGUUUGCACUGAGUUUCAUUCUGCAGUGCAGCGAUGCCAUUGAAUUCUGUCUUCACCAAUAUGCGGAUCUGGAGCUUGAAAUGAACGCUGCUGAGCGCAUUAUUGAAUAUACGGAGCUUGAGACUGAAGACCAAGGUGGCGAAGAUGUGCCUGCUUCAUGGCCGUCAGAAGGCAAGAUUGAAGUAGAAAGUCUUGUCGUGGGGUAUGCUCCAGAUCUUCCACCCGUUUUGAACGGGUUGACAUUUGAAGUGCAACCGAACCAGAGGGUCGGCAUAGUCGGACGCACCGGUGCGGGAAAGUCAUCCCUUACGUUAGCCCUUUUUAGGUUCCUAGAAGCUCGACAAGGUCGUAUUGUUAUCGAUGGAAUCGACAUAUCAAAAAUGAAGCUGUCUGAUCUUCGCAGUCGAAUGGCAAUCAUACCUCAGGAUCCGGUGCUCUUCUCAGGAUCGCUCCGAUCGAAUCUGGACCCUUUCGCAGAAUAUUCAGAUUCCGAACUAUACGAUGCAUUGGAAAGAACACAUUUAGUGACUAGACCUACCGAAUCCCAUACAGAUGACCCUCAGACAGCCGGAAUGUUGGCCCCAGAAAGCAAUCCUGAAAUAACCUCAGGGCCCAACCUUGCAAAGGACAAGAACACCAUGUUGACAUCUCUAGAUUCUGCUGUGGCAGAAGGAGGUCUCAAUCUGUCUCAGGGUCAGCGUCAGCUACUUUGCCUUGCGCGAGCCAUCGUCUCACGCCCGAAGAUCAUGGUUCUCGACGAAGCGACAUCAGCCGUAGAUAUGGAAACUGACGCGCUCAUUCAGCGUUCAAUUCGGUCGGAAUUUGGCCGCAACGCCACGACUCUCCUUGUAAUAGCGCAUCGACUCAGCACGAUUGCUGAUUUCGAUCGGAUAUUGGUCAUGGAUGCAGGACGUGCAGUGGAAUUUGGAUCACCGAGGGAUCUAAUGCAUAUUGAAGGGGGCGUGUUCAGGUCGCUAGUCCAAGAGAGCGGUGAGAGACGAGCGCUUGAGCGGAUUAUUUUGGGCUAG